GCUCAGCCGCAGCUGCAGCUAUUUUGUUCCUUAAAUUUUGAGAAAAGCGUCACCAUAAAAUCAGCAACCACGGCGCUCUCUCAGCUUGCUGAGUGUUUCAGUGCGAUGGGGAGCAAGCUGUCAGCAUGCCCCAUCAUGGAGCACAUGUAUGACAGUGAAGACUUUGAUUCCAACUACGAGGUGGAUGAGAGCUACACGAUUGGGACUGGCAAAUUUGCGGUGGUUCACAUGUGCCACCGACGCAGCCAACCUGAGCGGAAAUACGCUCUGAAGGUCAUCAACACACGCGUUGGCGAUAUGGCAAGCUUAAAUCGCAUCCAUGAGGAAAUUGACAUCCUGCAAGUUCUUGGCACUCACCCAGGCCUCGUGUCAAUCAUUGAUGUGGACGAGAAUAUGCCAGGGGCCAUUCGACUUGUGCUGGAGCUGUGCGAAGGUGGCGAACUCUACGAUCGAAUUCAGCAGAAGGGGUACUACCCUGAACAGGAGGCCAAAGCAGCUGUGCGGUGCCUCUUGGAAGCUGUGGCAUACAUCCACAGCCAUGGCAUCAUGCACAGGGAUUUGAAGCCUGAGAACAUAUUGUUGGCUAGCCGAGUGAGCAACACCGAGCUGAAGAUUUCUGACUUUGGCCUGGCAAAGAUGUCCAAGGACUAUCCUCGGCGGCUACCCCGCUCUCACUCAAUUUGUGGAUCAGACUUCUACUUAGCGCCUGAGGUCAUCAAGCAGGAGGAGUAUGGGCGAGAGAUUGAUAUGUGGGCGCUGGGUGUCAUUACCUUUGUUGUGCUCAGUGGAGCCUUGCCUUUCUAUCACCAAGUUCUCCACAAGCUGUAUCGCCAAAUCGUUGAACGUGAUUUGAGCUUUCCAGAUCAGGCUUGGAAGAACGUAUCGAAGGGUGCAAUGGAUUUCAUACUCCGUUUGCUUCAGGUGCGGCCUGGUGACCGGCUCACUGCAGACCAAGCCCUCAGCCACCCAUGGCUGCGAAAUGGCACUAGUGCGCCAAGCUUCAACAGCUUCACAAGCGCGCAUAGUGGCGAAGCUAUGGCGCCCAACUAUUACAGUGCCUAUGGAGGCUAUGGUGGCAUGCCCCGGCCAAUGUCGCACCCCUUGGAGCAUGCACACAAGGUGUGAGGCUUGCUGCUCUGUGCCAAGGCUGUACACGGCAUGAAGGAGAUACAGUAGACCCUACUGACAGUGCAUGUUAAUUUGCUCAUAUAGAGCCUUGUGUUGACCAUAAUUCAACUCUUGCCAGAACAUGUUCGGCAAGGUCCAGGCCUCCACCCGAG